AUGAAACUCGACCCGGAAGCUUUCCUUGACCUUGCGAAUCAAGUGACCAAACUUAAUAUGUUUCCAUAUUUUGAUAUGGCCCACUGUAUCAUCACGUGUCUUUACCUCAGGGAUGAUUUAGCUGCUGGGACUCAUGUAUUUUCAAGGAAACAUCCAUUAAGUUGUUGGGCAUCAUGUAUGUUAUCCAUUUUUGGAGGUGUUAUAUUAUCAAACUUCCUAUUAGGUGAACCUGUUCUUGCACCUUUCAAAAGUACUAACUAUUUGCUAUUAGCAACACUUGCUUGGUAUAUAACAUUUUAUACUCCAUUUGAUUGUGGAUACAAAUUAUGCAAAUUUUUACCGGUCAAGCUUAUACUAUCCAUCAUGAAAGAAGUUGUCAGAGUUCGUAAGGUACAUGAUGGUGUUGUUCAUGCUGCAAAAGUUUACCCCAAUGGAUAUUUGAUUAUGAUCAUCAUUGGCACCACAAAAGGAAAUGGUGGAGCAUUCUUAAAAAUUCUGGAAAGAUUAUUCAGAGGGGUAUGGACACCAUCUGCCAUGGAAUUGAUGCAAAUAAGUUUGUAA